AUGUCCAAUCGCGAGCCUGAUAAGGCUGUCGCCAAAGGAGACAAUGGUGGCGACAACCAUGUCUCUGGCCAAAGCAACAGACCCCUUACUCGACCUGCCCACGCCUUAACCCACCAAGAUCUCGCCCAGGAAAUCGGAGCCGACCCCCUCUCUGGUCUCACCCUCGACGAAGCCAAACGCCGUCUCGAGCAAUAUGGAAAAAACGAACUGGGCGAGGCUGAAGGUGUUCAGCCCAUCAAGAUCAUCCUCGCGCAGAUUGCCAAUGCCAUGACUUUGCGUGAGAAGGUCCUUAUCCUCGCCAUGGCCGUCUCCUUCGGCAUCAAAUCCUGGAUCGAAGGCGGUGUCGUCGCCUUCGUCAUCGCUCUCAACGUCAUCGUCGGUUUCUUCCAAGAAUACUCUGCCGAAAAGACCAUGGACUCUCUCCGUUCUCUUUCCUCCCCUACUGCCACCGUCGUCCGCGGCGGCGAGGCCAUGGUCGUCCCUUCUGGAGAAAUCGUUCCCGGUGAUCUUGUCGAAGUCAAAAUGGGCGAUACUCUUCCCGCAGAUAUCAGGUUGAUCGAGGCCAAAAACUUUGAAACCGACGAAGCUUUGUUGACAGGCGAAUCCCUCCCCGUGCGCAAGACGGUCGAUCAGACUUUCGACGACAGCACCGGCCCUGGCGAUAGACUCAACGUUGCUUACUCUUCCUCUACCGUCACCAAGGGUCGCGCAAAGGGUAUCGUCUUCGCCACUGGCACGUUCACCGAAAUCGGCGCCAUCGCUUCUGCUCUCAACAAGAAAGACAGCAAAGUCCGUCCCGUCAAGCGCAAGGCCAAUGGCCACGCCGGUCCCCAUCGUUACCUGGAGGCUUACACCCUGACCCUCGGAGACGCCAUCGGUCGCUUCCUGGGCGUCAACGUUGGCACCCCUCUGCAGCGCAAGCUAUCUAAGCUAGCCAUGUUGCUUUUCGGCAUCGCUGUCAUCUGCGCCAUCAUCGUUCUUGGAGCCAACAAGUUCAAUACCCGUCAGGAAGUCAUCAUCUACGCUGUCGCUACGGGCCUUAGUAUGAUUCCCGCGUCGCUGGUGGUAGUAUUGACGAUCACCAUGGCAGCCGGUACCAAGCGGAUGGUUGAGAGAAACGUCAUUGUGCGCAACCUCAAGUCGCUCGAAGCCCUGGGCGCCGUGACGGAUAUCUGCUCUGACAAGACCGGCACCCUCACUCAAGGCAAGAUGGUUGCUCGCGGUGCCUGGAUCCCGGGCAUGGGCACUUACACCGUCGAACUCGGUGACGAGCCGGUUAACCCCACCAAGGGCGAGAUCCGCUUUGCGAACCAGAUGCCGUCGCAGAUUGACUUCAAGUCGACCAACCCCGAGAAGUCCUCGACCGGCUCCGUCGCUCCUCCCACCGACCUCCUUUCCACCAGCCAGACUCGCCUCCAAGAUUUCUUAUCGGUCUGUUCUCUCGCCAACCUCGCCACCGUCUUCGCCAAAGACUCCCAAGAGACCCCCGGCACACAAGAAUGGCACGCGCGCGGCGACCCGACAGAAAUCGCCAUCCAAGUCUUCGCUUCGCGCUUCGACUUCAACCGCCUGCGUCUGGUCUCCGGCUCCUCGCCCUCAUGGCUCGAAGUCGCCGAGUUCCCCUUCGACUCCGACGUCAAGCGCAUGUCCGUCGUCAUGAAGAAUAACUCAACAAACGAGCACUGGGCUUUUACGAAAGGAGCCGUCGAGCGCGUCAUCGGCGCUUGCGUCGAUUACUACGAUUCCGACUCUCCCGAUGGUCAACCAAAGCCCGUCACGGACUCUUUCCGUUCCGAAAUCCUCAAGAACAUGGAAUCGUUUGCUUCUCUCGGGUUGCGCGUGUUGGCUCUCGCCUCUCGCAAACUCCCAUCCAAACCCGAAGACGGCGAGACAUGGGGUGAAGAAACACCCCGCUCGCUCAUUGAAUCCCAACUCACCUUCCGUGGAUUAAUCGGGCUCUACGACCCUCCCCGUCCAUCCUCGGCUUCCGCAGUGCAUCAAUGCCACGAAGCGGGCAUUUCCGUGCACAUGUUAACAGGCGACCACCCUGAGACCGCAAAGGCAAUCGCCAUUGAAGUCGGCAUCCUGCCUCCCCUCUCCAGCAUGUCCCGCGUCAGCGCAUCCGUUGCUCAGGCGAUGGUCAUGACCGCCUCACAAUUCGAUGCCCUUUCCGAUUCCGAAGUCGACGCUUUACCUGUCUUACCACUGGUAAUCGCGCGCUGCGCGCCCUCCACCAAAGUGCGUAUGAUCGAGGCGUUGCAUCGCCGAGGCAAGUUCUGCGCGAUGACGGGUGACGGCGUCAACGAUUCUCCUUCUUUGCGGCGCGCAGACGUUGGUAUCGCCAUGGGACUUUCCGGGAGCGACGUAGCGAAGGAUGCGAGCGAUAUCGUUUUGACGGAUGAUAACUUUGCUAGCAUCGUCGCUGCGAUAGAAGAGGGCAGGAGGAUUUUCGACAAUAUCCAGAAGUUUGUGUUGCACGUUCUAGCGGAGAAUAUCGCGCAGGCUGGCACGCUGUUGAUUGGUCUGGCAUUCAAAGACGCCUCUGGCCUUUCGGUUUUCCCGCUAGCACCAGUGGAAAUCGUCUGGAUCAUCAUGAUCACUUCGGGUCUACCGGACAUGGGCCUCGGCUUUGAACGGGCCGUCCCCGACAUAAUGCAACGGCCUCCCCAGAGUUUAAAGACGGGUAUUUUCACACUGGAAUUCAUCAUCGACAUGAUUUUCUACGGACUAUGGAUCACGGCGCUUUGUCUCGCAUCUUUCGUGCUGCGCGUCUACGCAUGGGGUAACGGUGACCUUGGGUCGAACUGCAACGAGCACUACAGCGAUUCGUGCGAGACGGUGUUCCGCGCGCGCGCCACCACUUUUGCGUGUCUCACUUGGUUCGCUUUGUUCCUAGCCUGGGAACUGGUCGAUAUGCGUCGCUCGUUCUUUAGGAUGCAGCCUGGCUCCAAGAAAUAUUUCACGCAGUGGAUGGUUGACGUCUGGCGCAACAAAUUCUUGUUUUGGGCGAUUGUAGGCGGAUUCGUCACGCUUUUCCCUACACUGUACAUUCCCGUGAUCAACCACGCGGUGUUCAAGCACACGGGUAUCAGCUGGGAGUGGGGGAUUGUGUUUAUCUGCGCGGGCCUGUUCUUUGGAGGCGUGGAGGCUUGGAAGUGGGGGAAGCGCGUCUUUUUGAGACGCAGAGCCAGAGGUCACGCGGUUAAACGCGGUGGUCAGGGAAAGCUGUGGAAGGAUAUGGAUGUUGAAGAGAAGAUCUUUGGUGAAUACUUUGGCAGCGGAUCUUCGAGCGAGGAGUCGAUUCGCGGAGAGAUGGAAGGACAAGGAGCCAUGGCUCAGCGCCAGGGUGACCAGGGACGGGAUUGA